UUCGUUCCUCACACUCUGCCCUUCGAAGAGCAAAACAUAACUCUCUUCUUUUCUCUUUCAUAGUGGUCAGUGAGUGAGCCAAAGCCUUAAUCAAUUAUGGCCACUAUGAGUGUCCUUCUUACACUUUCUCUCUUUGCAUUUGUGUCCAUCGUCGACGCCAGAAUCCCCGGCAUUUACGGUGGCGGGGCGUGGCAAAGCGCGCACGCUACAUUUUAUGGCGGGAAUGACGCUUCUGGCACUAUGGGAGGGGCAUGUGGAUACGGGAAUUUGUAUAGCCAAGGCUACGGUGUGAACACGGCAGCGCUGAGCACGGCGCUGUUCAACAAUGGGCUGAGCUGCGGUGCUUGCUUCGAGCUAAAGUGCGCAAAUGACCCUCAGUGGUGCCACUCCGGCAGCCCCUCCAUCUUCAUCACAGCCACCAACUUUUGUCCCCCUAAUUUUGCUCAAGCCAGCGACAACGGCGGUUGGUGCAACCCUCCCCGUCCCCACUUCGACCUAGCCAUGCCCAUGUUUCUCAAGAUCGCCGAGUACCGUGCCGGCAUUGUUCCCGUCUCUUAUCGCCGCGUGCCGUGCCGAAAGCAAGGAGGAAUCAGGUUCACCAUCAACGGGUUCAAGUACUUUAACUUGGUCCUGAUCACCAACGUCGCGGGUGCAGGGGAUAUCGUGAAGGUGAGCGUGAAAGGAUCAAAGAGUGGUUGGAUGAGCUUGAGCCGUAACUGGGGUCAGAACUGGCAGUCAAAUGCUAUCCUGGUUGGUCAGUCACUCUCUUUCAGGGUCACAGGCAGUGACCGACGCACCUCCACUUCUUGGAACAUUGUUCCUUCCAAUUGGCAAUUUGGCCAGACUUUCACCGGAAAGAAUUUCAGGGUCUGAUCCCCAAUUUCACAAGCGUUACUAAUAUAAUGCCAUUUUCGUUUAUAUUUUAUUUCCUUUUUUUGAAUAUAUAUACAUAUAUAUAUAUAGGUGAAUUAUAUUGAACUUUCUUAAAAAAAAAAAAAGAAGAGAAAGAAAGAAGUAGUGAGAAAAUGAGGGGGAAAAGUUUGUUGGGAUUAGUAAAAACUAUUUUGACUUUGAGGGACGAGAUCCGUGGUUGGUCUUAUGAUCCUACCAGUUACUUUGAAUGUUUGAAAGGAGCUGAAGCGGCUUCAAAGAUAGGUGGCCCGCAGCUUUGCUCACUAAGCACCAUAUGAAAUAUAUAAUAUUAAUUUCUAUACUUGUUUUCA